AUGAGAUUCUGCGUCAAGUCUAUUCCACAGAAAUCCAGCCUCACCAUUCUAGCAUUAACGCUCUUCAAGAUGCCGCGAGAACCGGAUGUAAGUUUUGCAGGACGAUUUGGGCACAUCAUUGCCACUUCCGGUCUCAACAAUCGUACAGCGAAGUAUCCCAUGAGAAAUUACCUGCAUGCCAUGAAACGUAUGCAUGCGCGUGUAAGGUAUACAAAGGGCCGCUAUACUUUGUCAUCCACAAAGAUUGGAAAUCUGAUGACCUCCGAUUAUUCAUUUUACCUAUGGGUAAUCAUCAAAAGUCAGCGAUCCCGGAUUUGGUUCGCAGACGAGAUCGAGUGA